UUGACAAAUUUUUCUUUAUUUUCAGUUUUGAAACAUAAUAUAUAUAACUUAUAUAUUAGGAGGAAAGCAGUGAUAAUGCCAGAAAAACAAGAGAAAAAAGAAAACAAUCUAAAGGAAGAAAUUGUAACAACACCAAGUGGAACCUAUAUUUUCCCAAACGGUGACAAAUAUGGAUUAUAUUCCUGUCAUCAACCGAUAUGAUCAAUGUAUCAAAAUGAACUUGCCAUCGCAUGUAGAUGUGCGUGAUGACAUUUCUGGGUACUCCAUACCCAAGUUUUCGUUUCCUUUAAACUUACUGCUUCCAUGUAAACGAAUAUCAUUGGAUAGAGUGUUAGCAGCUGAUAUAGAUCAUAUGCAAUUGUACAAUGAUAGAUUUAAGAAAAGGGGUAUGGAAGAUCAAAUUGAAACACUGUGCUCAGGAAGUCAUUUUGAAGGACUUGAAGUUCCGCUGCGUUUUGUGAAGAACACCAUCGAUCUCCCUGAUGUUGAUGUUAUGUUUGUUAUUAAAUGGAUGAUUGCUGGCUGUGGUGUUGAUAACUAUGAGUACAUUAUUGAUUCUUCCGACACACACAUUGGUUACUUACGAAUAUGGAAAAAGAAUAUUGUUGAAAAACCAAAGGAUCAUUGGGUUAAAGUUGAAAACUUAAAUCGCUAUUAUUUAUCUUCAGAAAAUUUAACAACUGGUCUUAAAAAGGUUCUUGUAAAUGUUAAGGAAAAAAAUUCCCUGCAUGAAUCGCAUGGUCCUGCAGUGAUGAAAACAGACAUGCGAAAAUGGAGCAGCGAUAUGCUUCAGCAAGCUCGAAGUGAUAGUAGUUUGAUGUACCAACGUGAUAUCGACAUAGUCAUAUCUUUACCUUGCCCAGAAUGGCCCUCUAUUGCAAUGGAAUGGAUUACUAGGGAAAGACAAUGGAACUGGCCACCAGAAAGUAUCAUUUCAACAGCUUUAUCUGAAGGUUGUCACAUUGUUGGUAGUGCAUUUCCAAGAAGCAUUUGCAAAAACCUUGAAUGGCGACUUUCGUUUUCUAAAAUCGAAAAGUUUCUAGCGCGCAGUUUGAAUGACACGCAAAGGAAGUGUUAUAUCUUCAUGAAGAUUCUACUGAAAUCUGAGCUGAAUUUUCCCAACAUCCUCUGUUCUUAUCACAUCAAGACCAUACUAUUUUGGUUAUGUGAACAACGAAAUCCGAUUUUAUGGUGUUUACCAAACCUAGGAGCAUGUUUAUUUGAGAUGAUUGAUGAGCUGGAAAAAUGUUUGAAAGCGGGAUGGAUUGAACAUUACUUUAUCAGAAAUAACAAUCUUCUUUGCCACGCCCAUGAAGAUUUCCUGGAAACUCUGAUCAAGAAGUUACAACAUGUCCGUAAAGAUCCAUUGAGCAUGAUUUUAAAAGCUAUAAAUCUUGGUCGAUUUAUAUAUUCGCCUGAUAUGGAAAAAUACAACGUUUUGUUUGAACCAACAAUGGAGACGAUUUCCAAUCAAAGCCAAGCUUUAGCUAUUGACAACAAUGUCUCCUUUGAGCAGACAUUAUACAAGAUAGCCAAGCAAUAUAUGCUUGAAGGGAGAAUGGACUUAGUUGAGCUUAUGGUAGAAGAAUUUAAUAUAUUCUUAUCAGAAAGUUCUGAUGCUGUAGGUGUAGAACCUUUUCAUUAUCUUAUUCAAUUAAUUUCACGUGAAUGUAAAAAAGUGAAUUACGUAGAAAAGCAGAUCGAAAUAUUAGAGCAGCUAAGGCUUAAGUGGAACUUUGAUGCAGACUACUGCUCUCGAAUCUGUCGCCAGCUUGGUGAGUUUUAUCAAAUGAAAGCGCACUUGUCUACUGAUCCACUUAAGUAUGAUGUAAACAUUACUAAGGCUGAGAAGGUUCUUCUGUCUGCACUUGAAAUGGACAGUUCGCUAUCAGUUAAUCAUUUUUACAUUGCAAAGUUUUGGUGUGAGGAGGGAAAUUAUGACGAGAUCGAGCAAGCGCUCCUUAACGUUGUUGAAAUAGAGAAAUUAAAACACACUGGUCACUGCUUGUUCACGUCUGUGCACGCUACUUUUGUUGAUAAGCAUUUAAAAAGCGAAUUAAAACAACAUCUGUUUAUUUCAUCCCCAAUGAUCAUCCUUGCGUAUUAUUAUCUGACUGUGUUGUAUCACAAAACCGAGAGAGAAGACUCACUGAAGGAUAUUCUUUCAGAGUUUGAACAAGCAGCGUAUAUAGCUGUGAUGGCUAAACCAGAGUUUGUGUCGUGUCUUGUUUUACUAGGUUAUUCCUAUUACUUUUGUGACGAAGUCGAGAAAGCAAAAGAGACAUUUGCUAUGGCUGCAAGUCACCAGCACGAGUUAAACGAAGAAGCUAUUAAAAUAUGUUCGCUUGAAUAAAAAUUGCAUAAAAAUGCAUUUGUUUAUUACGGAACGUAUUCAAUUUGAACAAUUUAUAUUCUAUAUAUUCUAUUUUAAGAUAUUUAAAAACAUUAAAUUACGCUACACAAUCUUGAAAAAUAAGGGAAUUUUGUUUACGUUUUGAGAAUCAUGUUAGUGUUCACAAAUUGAGCAAUUAUUUUCGCUAAAACUAUAUUGGUAAUAUAAGUUGGUAUUGCCACUGCUAUAAGAUGAGGGGUUAAUUUUUUUCUUAGCCACAACAUAACUGAAAAAUGUUUGGGUGCUUUGUGAUUUAUAUAGUAAGCACUAACUUGCGCACCAAAAGGAGAGAACUUUUGGCGAAUCAAGAGUUGCGAAUUAAAGAAGGUCGUCUCAUUGUUGUUUCAGGAUGUGCGAUGUUAAUUUGUUUUUCAUACACCCAAAAUUAAUUAUGAAAUAUUCACUGUUUUCCAAUUUUUUUUUUCUUAACCCAUGCCUGGUUUUUACCUUUAUGUUUAUGCAUUUGUGAGUUCUUAGCUGUUUUAGUAAAGUAUAUUUAUUAUGUGUAAUUUUUAUAAAGGAUCUGUUGCAUUUGUAUUCUUAACACCUCUAUUUUUUAUAUAAACCAAUUAGGAUGCAUUUGAAUGUGGUAUAAAUUUAUGAAAUAUAUUUUAUUAUUUUUCCGUAAACUCUAAGAACAAGCCAUAGUAUAUAAAGCUAUUAAUUUCGAGUUUAUAUUUACCGAUUUUUCGAAAUGUUAAGAAACCGUUACGCAUCGUUACACUUGUACUUUACUCGUAAUAAUUUUGCGUGUACUAAUAUUUGUUAGAUUCGAGCGAAAAAGAUUAGCUUUUGGCGCGAAAUUAGUACGGGUAUUAUUAGCCUUACGCGCGAAUUUUUUUUUUUUUUAAACAGAACUAAUUGCGAAAAAAUGGAUUUUCAACGCAUUUAUAUUUUGUCUAAAACCCUUAGUUUUACUUUUUUUUUUCUCCUAAUAUUUUUUUGUGGUCAACUUUCGCAAAAAUGCGCACGUAAUAGAUUUUUUCCCCGUGAGAAAUCGAUACAAGACAAGAUAUUUACAAAUAAGUUAUAAAAUUUUAUUAGGAUACAUUUAAGGCCAACCCUGGUUUCAUAGUACAUCAAAGAAUUUUAAAAAUCUUUACAAGAAGGCCAAACUAUACGAGUUAAAAAAUGUUUGUUGGACAUGGUAAAGAUGUUUUUUUCCUCUACUUGAUGGUUUGGUUCUUUUUUUAUUCUUUUAUGUUAUAUGAAUUUCCAUCUUAUAUAUGAAGAGCCAAAAAGUUUGGCAGAACAACUUCGGUAUGAUUUUUAGAAUUCCAACUGACAAAUUUCGGCUAUAAUGUAAAGAAUAUAUAUUUUUAUGGAAAGUCGAAUUUAAAGUUUAUUGGGAAGAUCAUGUUAAAAAAUGUGUGCUUUUCCACAGAAAUGUAAAAACAUGGUUAUUUCGCAAAAGAAGACUUGCCAAAGUACUUGCCAAAAUCUGCCAAAGUACUUUCUGAUGUAAAUCACUUCCUUGAUGCUAGUUAGAUCAUCUCGAAUGACUUCACAAUCAAUUGUGAAAAAAAAUUAAAAAUGAUAAAAUAUAAAAUUUAUGGAAUAAACCUUAAGCAAUAAUAGCCAAACCUAAGUGUUAAAUAAAAUGGCAGACACAAACUAGUGUUAACUAGUGUAAACGAGUGUAAGUUGAGUAUUUACGAUUUCUUUCUAUUAACAUCAACAUUUGAGCAAGUACCUUGCACAAUCAAAAACAAACAAAACUUAAAAAGCACCCUUUUCCAAUCAUGCUUGUUCAAAUACGCGGGCGUCUGAAUUAAAAGGGCGCUAAUUUCAAUAUCUUUGUUAGGGAAACACUUAAUCAAAAGGAGGAGGGGUUGGGCGCUAUUUGCUAUCUCAUAAAUUUGAUUGCAUUUGAUUCAAAUAUCUUUAUUAGGUAAACAUUUCAUCGAAAGAAGUGACGGGACUGGGCGGGAGGGGCGGGACUAUCCCUAUUUGCUAUCUCAUAAAUUUGGGUGCAUUUGAUUCAAAUAUCU